AUCUACAUAUAUUUUAUAUACACUUCCUUUCAGUAUUAUACGUAUAUAUUAUAUCUAUAAUAUAAAUUCAAGUAAAUUACUUAAAAAAAUGGUGUGUAAAUCAGAAACAUCAAACAGGAAAUUAAACAAGGAGAGGCAAAGGAAGGGAUUAUGGUCACCGGAAGAAGAUGAGAAGCUUAGGAGCCAUGUGCUCAAAUAUGGCCAUGUGUGCUGGAGCACUAUUCCUAUUCAAGCUGGAUUGCAGCGGAAUGGGAAGAGUUGUAGACUAAGGUGGGUUAAUUAUUUAAGACCUGGACUUAAGAAGGGUGCGUUCACUAAAGAAGAAGAAGCCACACUUCUCUCACUCCAUUCCAUAUUGGGUAACAAAUGGGCUCAGAUAUCAAAAUAUUUACCUGGAAGAACCGACAACGAGAUCAAAAACUAUUGGCAUUCUUAUCUAAAGAAGAGUGUACCAUCCACAAAACAUGAAACCACAAGAACCCCUCAAACACAUUCCCCUCAAACACAUUCAGUCACAAACUCAGUCAAGACCUUGGAAAGUACAACCGGGGGUUCUUCUUCCUUUAUCAAUGUGGGUGAAUCAUUUAGUACUAAAGUAUUAAACUUUUCGCCUAGUGUCGUGUUCUCCGAAUGGUUAGAUCACAGUUUGGUUAUGGAUCAAUCACAUCAAAAAUGUACUUAUGUUCAAGAGCAUACUGUACCGGAACAGAGGGAAUUCGUUGGAACAUUUGGCCAACGUUUUUACGAAAACAACAACUCGUUGGAUGAUUUCAUACCAAACUCGGAUUUUUUAUUGGAGGACGAAAUUGAGUUUUGUACUUCAUUUUCAGACAGCUUUUUGGUCGACGCUCUUGCAAGUGAACAACGGUCAAUGUGAAUAAGAAGAGAGUCUAUAGAUGACGUUGGAGCAGUUAAGUGUUUAAAUUACGUGCGUAGUAGCGAAUAAAAGAUUACAUAGUUUUAAGUUAACUACUAAGCUGUAUUUAUUGUACAUUAUUGACAUUCUAAUUUGACAUAUAAUAGAAUCAAUAAAGAUCUUUUCUACUGAAAUUCUUUAGCCACUAGGGUCAAACCGGGCA